GUUCUUCUUCAUCUUCCUCAGAUGAAGAAUCUCUCCGGCUAAAACCCUUUCUUCUAUCAUCUCUGUGAAAGCUUUGUUCUUUCAAAGAAAAUGGUUUCCGUUUUAUUCCAAUCUUCUUGUUCUUGUUCACUUUCUAACUUCCCCUCUGUAAAAUUCGGAGCUCGUGUUGUUUCUCCUCUGUAUUUCGCCAGAAAUCAUGUACAAAUCACUUCCGGUGGUCUUCCAAUCGGAAAAGGAAGUUUAUUGAACUUCAAGAGUGAAAGACCUCAGAGAUUUGUUAUCUCAGCUGUUGUGGAUGAUAAAAGUGUUGUAGCUAAAGAGGCGAAGAAAGACGGUGGAACGGCGGAUAGUGGAUCAGAAGUGGUUGUAGAUAACCAGAGAAUGAUCAAAGUUUGUGAUAAGCUUAUUGAGGUUUUUAUGGUUGAUAAGCCUACACCAUCUGAUUGGAGAAGACUCUUAGCUUUUAGCAAAGAAUGGGAUAGUAUCCGGCCACAUUUCUACAAACGGUGUCAGGAACGAGCGGAUUCUGAGGAUAACCCUGAGAUGAAGCACAAGGUUCAUCGACUUGCAAGAAAGCUUAAAGAGGUUGAUGAAGAUAUUCAAAGGCAUAAUGAGCUUCUCAAUGUUAUCAAGAGGACACCACCGGCUGAAAUUGGUGAACUUGUUGCUAGGCGUCGUAAGGAUUUCACAAAUGAGUUUUUCGAGCAUUUGCAUACUGUUGCAGAAUCCUACUAUGACAAUCCGGAUGAACAAAACGCUCUUGCGUCACUUGGGAAGUUGUCUAUCGCGGCUGUACAAGCAUAUGAUACUUCAACAGAAAGCAUUGACGCACUAAACGCUGCGGAAUUGAAGCUCCAGGACAUAAUCAAUUCCCCUUCUCUUGAUGCUGCCUGCAGAAAGAUUGAUAGUUUGGCUGAGAAGAAUCAACUUGAUUCUGCGUUGGUUCUUAUGAUCACAAAAGCUUGGUCUGCUGCUAAGGAAUCCAACAUGAUGAAGGAAGAGGUAAAAGACAUAUUGUAUCACUUGUACGUAACAGCAAGAGGGAAUCUACAGAGGCUUAUGCCGAAAGAGGUGAGAAUACUUAAGUAUCUACUAUCGAUAGAGGAUCCCCAAGAACAGAUGAGCGCUCUACAAGACGCUUUUACCCCUGGGGACGAGCUCGAAGGGACUGAUGUAGACUACUUAUACACGACGCCUGAGCAUUUGCAGAGCUUGAUGAAAACGGUGUUGGAGGCGUAUCAUUUCAGCAGAGAAGGGAGUCUAGUGAAGGAAGCAAAGGACCUUAUGCAUCCUGAGCUCAUCGCCAAAAUCGAACAACUCAAGAAGCUUGUUGAAAAGAAGUAUAUGUGAUCAAGAUUUUACAGAUCCUAAGCUUUCCUUUCAUUUGUUACUAUGUAUGUGUUUGUAUAUGGUGUAUGACAUAUUUCAGGUUUCCGAUUCACACAUAUAUUUGAUACCACCAUAAGAGUAGACUAUAGAAACAUGUUUCAGUGUUCUUCAUUAUCGAAGAAACAAUUCUGUUUUCU